AUGCCGAAAGAAGAAGAAGAAGUGUUUUCUAGUGAUUUUAUAAUCCCUAAUAGUACCCUUUCAUACAAUUUCCUUGAACCUCAGACAGCAACACUUGAUGAAUUAAAGAAGCUCAAAGACUAUGUGAAGUUAGAGAAGAAACAAGAAAAGGAACUGAAGGAGAUUCAGAAGAAGUACCAGAAACGCAGCGAUGAAUUUGUACAGAAAUGCAGCUCAGCCUUGUCCAGUCUGCAUGUACUGCUCAAAAGGAAAUCAGGAAUCAAGAAAGUGCAGAAACCAAAAAAGAAAAGAGGCACUACAGAUUCUGCAAAUGACACCACAGUGGAUGAGAAAGCACAGCAAGAAGACACAUCCAGUAAUGACAGCCAAACAGCCGAGGUAUCUUCUAAAGUCUUAGAGCUGAAAAACAAGUUGGUAGCAGACCUGACUCAGUUACAGGAAGAGCAGUAUGAUGUGGUCAAGAAAAAAAAAGAACAGCACAUCACUGAGCAAAUCGCUAAACUGACAGACCUGAUGAAGGAAAGACAUGCAACUGAGCAGAGGUUAUUUAAAGAUUCAUGUGAGAGCCAUACUAAAGAAAAGAAAAAGGUGCUAGAUGUUAAACGUCAGGAACGAAUUGAAAACAUGACAAAAACAACUUCUGACAAAGCAACCCAGGAGAGGAUGAAGAAAGAUAUAAACAGCUCACAUAUUCAAGAAGUGGUGCAGAUGCUGAAUAUUCUUACAGAAAAAAAGAACUCCUUGCAGCAGAAGCUAGAACAGAAGCAAGAAGAAGCUCUGAAAGGGAUUAAAGAAACAGAGACUCAGGUGCAAGCCAAAGUCCAAGAAGAGUAUGAAAGUUUAAUGAAAUCCAUUCCUAAUCAGGUUCAAGAAGUUACAAAAUCAUGUGUAGGCAAGUUUUUCCCUCAAGAAGCUGCAGAAGCUAAAGAGGAAACAAAGCCUGAAAAUGAUGCAGCAACACAAGAACAAAACCCCCAAGUGACUGAAGAGCAGUCAAAAGAACAAUUAUCAGGAAAACAGGAUCAAGACCAAACAUCUAUACAGCAAGCUGAGGAACAGCAAAAUGAUACAGCUAGUCAAGACACAACAUGUAAGCCUGAAGAAACAGCAGAGCAUAUAAAUGAAGAGACAGCGUGUAAGCCAGAAGAAACAGCAGGAAAAACACAGUGAGGCAGAAGAAAAAGAAAAGGUGCAGGAGUGAAGUGGUCUGAACUAUUCAAAUCAAACAAUCAUUAAGCUUCCAAAACAGAAAGACAAAGUAAAAAAUACAGAAGCAUAAUUAUCAAUUACAAACUUAAAAUGAAAUGCUCAGUUGCUAAGACUCUGCAGUAGUUCACAUUCAAAUGAGCCAAUACACCUUAGAAA